AAGCCCCUGCACUACGGGACCCUGCUGGGCAGCAGAGCUUGUGCCACCAUGGCAGCAGCUGCCUGGGGCUCUGGGGUCCUUAAUUCCCUGCUGCACACUUCCAAUACUUUUUCACUGCCUCUCUGCCAUGGCAAUGCUGUGGAUCAGUUCUUCUGUGAAAUCCCCCAGAUCCUCAAGCUCUCCUGCUCACAGUCCUACCUCAAGGAAAUUUCACUUCUUGUAUUUAGUAUAUCUUUAGCAUCUGGGUGUUUUGUUUUCAUUCUUUUCUCCUAUGUGCAGGUUUUCAGGGCUGUGCUGAGGAUGCCCUCUGAGCAGGGACGGCACAAAGCCUUCUCCACGUGCCUCCCUCACCUGGCUGUGGUCUCCCUCUUUGUCAGCACUGCCACAUUUGCCUACCUGAAGCCCCCAUCACUUUCCUCCCCAUCCCUGGACCUGGUGGUGGCAGUGUUAUACACGGUGGUGCCUCCAGUCAUGAACCCCAUCAUCUACAGCAUGAGGAACCAGGAGAUCAAGCAAGCUCUCAGGAAACUCUUUGGACAUAUAUUGCUACGGCAUCAGUAAAAUGGAAAACUCAGACUGCCUUUAUUUCUUCUCUUUUGCCCUCA